AUUUAUCGAAUCUGGUCACACACUUAUGUUGUAUAUUUCUUCACUUUUGAGUUAUUAAAAAAGAAGAAAUUGCUGAAAAUAAAAAACGGAGUUUUUUUUAAUUGAAAUUAUGGCCCGAGCCUAAACGCGGACGCGGCGGCGCUCAACAUGUGAGAUAAAGCCUGGCGUUGAAUAAACAUUGAAGAAAAAGCAAAUUUGUUCUAAUGGCGAGUGGCAGUACGAAGGUGCUCCAUAAAUGCUGGCAUAUAGUUAAGAAUAUUUAUAAUGUGAAUGCGGCGUAUACGACAUUUAUGUGCAAGCGGAGUGCAUUUUAAGGACUCGAACCAAGAGCAGGAGGAGAAUAUGUGAUUGAAAAGAAAAAUAGCUAAUAAAGUGACCGGAACAGAAUAUUCGGCAUGUUGCCUGUAGCUACUGACGACGACUCGGCUUCAAUUCUUUCUAUGAUAUCAAUUCAAGUACUGCAAUCGGAAUCAACGACAGCUUUAGUAUUUGCAAACUAGACAUAAUACAAAUACAAUCCAAGUAUUUGGCGGACUAUACCAAGUGAUGAUCAUAAUGCAUGCACUGCCAAAAAGCUUAUCCGUUACUGCAUCCUGGUCCCCAAAAUCCGAAUCCACCCUGAGUCCCUCUUCAUCUGCAAAUUUAACUCAAGCUGCCAACGAAUCCAGCCAAUCCGUGCCAUGCUACAAAUUCAAAUCAAAGCUGGUACGCAACAAAAGAUCGAGCUGCCCGCCGCGGACUGCUGUCAACAAACUUGACCCUAAGCCUGGAACGGGCUUGUGGAUAAUGAUGGGCUCUGAAGCUGCUACAUCAGUGGAAAGAUCCCCGUCCAACAGCCCACCCGAAGAGCAGAGAGUCCAACAGCACUCUGCCUGUAAGGCCAGUGUCCGCUCGUCCACACCAUCCACGACCAUCGAAACUAUGCCAAAAGCUCGAAAUCGAAAUCAAACAACGACGGCAAUAAUCGCCAAGCCAGCGAUGCAUCGCAAGUCCAAAUGCAAAAGUAAGAACAAACCAGUUGGCGAGUUGAAAGCCGAAACAGUGACAUUCUUGCCGUUCCCAUCAUCCGUUAAAGCGUCUCAGUCAUCGACGGAUUCAGUAUUAAGCACAAUAAACAACAACAACAACAACUCUGCAGACUUUGCAACGGGGAGGACUGUACCCGCUGUGUUGUCACUCGGUACUACGAGCACUAAACGACGACGUCGUGGUCGAACCACAAAGAGUCCUGUUUCGACGUCGUCAGGUCGGUGUAGGAUGGUUAUCCCGAUACCCACGCUGGGCACUACGUCGUUCGUCACUCUGCUAACACUAAUCUGUAUAGAAACUGUGCUCCUAUCGACGAUGUCAAGCUGCGCAAAAACAUUUUAUAUGCACUGGAACACAUCGAAUAGCAUAUUUCGAAUCGAUAACACAGAUCACAUCAUAGACGUAAAUAAAGGCAAUCUUGCCUUCGAGUUCGACCAAGUACACAUAAUAUGUCCGGUUUAUGAGCCAGGGACAUUUGAAAAUGAAACGGAGAAAUACAUAAUAUACAAUGUGUCCAAAGUGGAGUACGAAACAUGUCGCAUAACAAACGCGGAUCCGCGAGUAAUAGCUAUAUGUGAUAAACCUCAGAAAUUAAUGUUUUUUACAAUAACUUUCCGGCCAUUUACACCGCAGCCAGGUGGUUUGGAGUUCCUACCUGGAAACGACUACUACUUCAUUUCGACUUCAUCGAAGGACGAUUUGUAUCGGCGCAUAGGCGGUCGUUGUUCAACAAACAAUAUGAAAGUUGUGUUUAAGGUCUGUUGUGCAGCCGAGGAAAAAAACAAGACGAUAGCUAGCACCACCACAUCCGUGGCUGUGGCGGGUUCAGAUGGAGGAGUUGGCGGAGGCGGUGGUGGUAACGUCAUUAGCAAUGCUGCGACCAAUGAUGAUCAUAAUCCAAAGCACUCACAUGGUCACCACAACAUUGGCGGCAACACGAUCGGUAUAAGCGGUGUAAACACUGGCUUGAUUUCUGGUGGCAGUGGAGGAAACGGAGCGGGAGGCGCCGGAAUGCCAAUAAAUGCUAAUAACGGCCUGGGCAUGGGAAUGGGCACGUCAAUCAAUACGAACAUUGAUCAGUUUAACCGCAUUCCCAUACAGCCCAACAUAAUGGGUAAUAAUAUCGGUUCAAGCGGCGUUGGACCCGGGCCUGGACUCGGUGUUGGUGGUGGCAUAAUCCUGUCGCCAGGCCAUGGACAUGGCAGCAUCAAUAUGUUGCCUCCUGGACGAGGUGGCGUGAAUGUAGCCUAUCCCGGACACCAUCAUACACAAACUGGCAUCCGCAUUAAUAAUGUGCCAACUCAACAGAAUUAUCCACCGCAUAAGGGCAAUGGCGGGAACAGCAAUGCUAAUGGAAAUGAUGAUCAACAUCAUUAUGACAAACAUCCCAACGAGGUUGUGAAGAACGAGGAGUUGACAUACAAUAGUGGAUCGUCACGAACAUCAGGCCACUGUAUUGGCCAGUCGGCAACCGCAUUGCUUAUCAUUUUGGUGACACUUGCUAUACAGCGCCUCAUUAUUAUCCAUCCAGCUAGCAAUAUUAGGCCAACGCAUCGACCAUAUACCAUAAGCCCACCACUGUUAUUACCAUCGCCGGCCGGGAUUAACGCAAGUCGCUAGUACACUUGUUCCGCACCGUUUACAUCACCAUGAGUAAACAUAUAUUUGCUUGGUGAUUGGCAACAAAUGAAGAUAAAAUUAUAUUUAUUAAUUUUCCAAUAUUCUAAUUCGAAUCAUGUCGAUUCGAAACUCGACAUUAACGUUAGUAGAAAAGAAGGAGAAAGGUGAAAUAGAAUUUAUAAGUAAACAAAUGAACAUUUUCAAACGCAUUAAAACAUAGUUUGUAGCGAUUUCUAGAUGUAACAACUCGAAAGUAAUUUAAGUAAAUAAGGAGGGGACAGGCAUCAUAAUUAUUUGUGCGCUUUUACAAUAUACAUCAAUAUGUUAUAUUACGCGUGACAACAUAAGGCACAGCAUUGGCUAGUAAGCUACAAUACCGUCAUGUGCCUGGCCUUUUAAUUUGCCUCUUUAUUCUCCUUAACCCUGUGUCCUUUUGGCUCUGUAACAGCAUAGAAAUAUGCCACCCAAAACGAAUUCUAUCUGUAUAGGGAUGCAGAUAUGUAUAUCGCAUGAUCCGCAACGAAGUCAUAAAUUAUUCGACAUCAUACAAAAUACUAUACAUAUAUAAUUAAAAUAUUUUGAUUUCCUACUAAAAAUGCUUAUGAUUCGUCCAGAACUCAAUCCUAAUUAUACAAAUUAUUUACAAUUCGCUAAUAUUUCAAAUUGGAAAUAUUCAACGAUUUUGUUUUCGAUGGUGACUUUCAAAAUUUUCGCGAUCUGCAUCCCUUCUUAUGAAACGAAAUCUAGAACGAUAGGUGGCACUGAAUAAGUAAGCUAAUAAUAUGAUAAGUAUGUAAUUUUUUGAGGAGAUGAAGGAUUCAAAGUAUAAUGAUUCCUUCCGAUCUUCACAUACAUACACAGAUGAUUCACAGACACAAACACACACUCCUCGUGCAGCUGCCUUGCUCGACGACAUUUUUGACUGAAAUUAAAAAUAUGUAUUAGCAUACGUCUAUAUACGUGGGAAGUAGGAAACUAGACUAUAAGUGAUUUAAAGGCAGCUUGAGAUAAAGAUAAUGAUGACACGUACAUAAAUUACGAAUAUAAAUCAGACCCAUAUGUAUGUAUGUUUCGUAUGCAUUUAUGUGUAUAUUUAUAUUCGUAUUAAGUAUUUCGAAUAUGGGAAAGGUGAAAGAAAUUCAAAGAACGUAACUAUAAGUUUUAGGUUCUUUUUCGUUUUUGAUUUAUUGUUUUUUUUUAUAUAUACUCUUUUCUUGUUUUAUAUUUUUGCAUAAAAUGAAGGCAGCAAGUUUUUGUAAAUGAACCAAGCUGUAAACGUAAAUUUAUGUACACAUACGACAAAACUAUGUAUGUAUGUAUAUGUGUACCAACAAAAUGUGCAUGUGGAUAAACACAAAAGAAUGUUUAGGUGAAAACGUUAUAACGAUUGUAUAUUUAAUAAUAUCAUGUAAAAGAACUAUAAAUUAUGAAUUGAUAUUGAUGAAGAUACAUUUACAUAUAUGUAUGUAUGAAUGCAAAUGCAUGUGGCAAGAUAUACGAGAUGAUUGAUUGAAGAUUUAUAUUUACAUAAUAAUAUAUCACAGGCAAAAGCAUCUCAUAAAUGCUUAAGUGCAUUUAUGGAUUAUUUAUUUAUAUACAUAGAAACACACACUCACAUACUUACAUGCAAGAAAACAUGACCUUGACCCAAAAACGGUGAACAGCGAAAAAACACAAUUUGACAUAAUCUAACUCGCUAUUGUGCAUUAUGUGUAAACUAACUGUGUAGUUCUGUUUUAUAAUUUCUGCAUUGCAAUCGACCAUCACCAUUAUACCACACACGCAUUGCACACACACACAAACUCAAACCCACACUCCGACACACACAUACGAGCGGGCCCAGAUCCAAGCACACCCACCCGAAAUUACGAAUUCUACCUAGUUCUUCAACUCGAACUGCACCUGAUUCAAAGUCCCCCCCCCCAUUUCAAAUAAACUGGCAACUAAACCGAAUUUAUAUUAUCCAA